AUGAAAGAUUUAUUGGUUGAGUUUGAUGAUGUACCUGAUGAAAUUCUUAUAUAUAUAUUUAAAAAACUGUACAAUGUUGAAGUACUUUAUUCUUUAAUGGAUGUUAAUCAACGACUCAAUAGAAUUGUACAUGAUACAAUUUUUACUCGUGAUUUAUAUUUAUUAGAAUAUUUACCAGACAACAAAACUAGCUCUCCAUUAUCAGAUUCAAUACUUGAUCAAUUUUGUUCAAAAAUUUUACCUGAAAUUGGACACCGAAUUGAAACUCUUUAUCUUGAACAAACAUCAAUGAAACGUAUUCUUCAUGUUACAAAUUAUCCUAAUUUAAAUAACCUUAGUUUAUUUCAUAUCGACUCCGAAACAGCUAUGGCUCUAUUUGAUGGUAAGAGAUUUUCUUUGAUUGAUUUUAUGGUAGAAUUAAUUAGUUAUUAG